UGGACACAGGCGUGCUGCCGGGUCACGCGGACUCAUCACAGACCCCCAACGGAAACGAACAAAAGCGACUCGCCUUUCUUCCGUUUCCUUUUCCUCUCAGCGCGACCCGCCGCCGCGAGAGGAGGGAGAGGAAGCGAAGCGGACCGAAGGAGGAAGCGAGAUGUGCUGCUGCCCGAGCAAGGCGUGCUGCAUCUGCACGAUCAUCAUCCUGGUGCUCGUCGCCGUCGGCAUCGUCUUCGGCUUCGGCAUCUACACCCGCGGCUUCCACAAGCUCACCAGCAACAUCCACCUCCAGGAGCCAUCCUACGGCGGCGGACGCUCCUUCCGCGCCUACGGCCACCUCGCGCCGCCGCCGCCGUAUUAGGGCUCCGAGAUCCAGACCCCUGAUGCGGUUGGUUCCGUCGCGCCGCGCGCGGGGAUGGAGUGGGCAUGGACUGGUGGUGCGCUAGCAUUCCCUGACGCCUGUGAAGAGAAGAAAUCUCGGGAUCGAUUUGAAUUUCUCAGUUGAAUUCCUUCGUUGAUUUUGCUCCGAUUUCGUUUUGUUUCUUCUCGGUGACAAAACUGAUGUGAUAUUUUAUCAUAGUACUGAUUGAUGAUUAUCUCAAAAUUGUGCUUAGUUUACUGUUC